UAUGACAACCUAUAUUGGUCUAUACAUGCGCAACAUAAAAGCUCAAAAUUACUACAACAAAACGAAUCCUUAACUGCGUUCAAGUAGGGGCAAGAAAGCAAGUGCUCACUAAUUAAAAAUGCAUAAUUUAAGCAAAUCCGAGAUGUUUCUAUUGGAUGUGAGAUGCAUGCACCAUGUAAGUAUAAUGCAAGUAUUAUGCAUCGAUAAAAAAGAAGUAUUAUGCAUAGAUAGAUGUGACUGUAUAUAAUUUGUGUGUAGGUAAGAGAGAAGAUAAUAUAAUCGUGGUGACAGAAGUAUAGAGAGCACAAAAGAGUAGCUAGAGAUGCAGCAGGCUCUUCCUGCUCUCUAUAUUCUGUCAAAAACUAGAAACGUUCAAGCAAUCAAGCUUAAUGUUACUAUACAAAGAAAGAACGCAUAUAACCAGAUUUAGUUAGGCGUUAUAACAUAGUAGUGGAACUGUUACAGUCUUACAGACUAUUAUGUUAUAUGCUCAAAAUUUUAGAGGCUAAAAACAAAUAAUUUUUCUUAAGAUCGUGGGAGUUAUGCCCAUAUAUCUUGUCGAAAGUAUUUGAAAAUUUUAAUUUGAAAAAUAAGAAGUUUGAAACCUAGACUCAAAGGAACCAACUUUCUAUUAGGCUACCACCACUUUGCAAAUAAAUGAAUAUCUUCAUUUAGGUAUAGUUAUUUUUGUUUUAAAGCCACAUCCAAUGGUGAGAAAAAAAAAGACAAAAAAACAAGGGAAAAACAAAGUAAUAUAAUGUUCUGAAAAAAAAAACUUAAUUUUGCGAUAAAACAUAUUUAUCGUCGAUCUUUCCUCCCCAAAAUCACAAAACCGUUCUUUAUCAAAAAAAAAAAAAAAAAUCACAAAACCAUUCACAUCUUCAGAAGUUAUUGUUUCAUUGAUUCGUUUGUAAAUUGCAACGCAACCGUAAUAGAAACAUUAAUUAGGGUUUUUAAACCUCGAUCGUCCAUCGUUUCUUUUCGCAUUUUUACCAGGUCGAUGUAAUUAGCCUGCGAGAUGGGUAAGAUAACGCUUGGAUCUCACACGGUAAAGAGCCAUGGAUGGAAAGUGGCUCGAGAACAUCUAAUUGACUGGAUCAUCCUCGUCCUCCUCGGUAUCGUCAUCAUUGUUCUCAACAUUAUGGAGCCUUUUCAUCGCUACAUCGGGCCAGACAUGUUGACCGAUCUAACUUUCCCAUUGUAUCAGGACACCAUCCCUAUUUGGGCUGUCCCGAUUAUUUGUAUAUUGGUUCCGAUAUGCAUCUUCACAGUGUACUAUUACUUUGGAAGAGAUGUUUAUGAUCUUCAUCACGCCAUUCUCGGUAUUGGAUUCUCAUGUCUUGUAACUGGAGUCACCACUGAUUCCAUCAAAAACGCGGUCGGUAGGCCACGACCUAACUUCUUCCACCGAUGUUUUCCCGAUGGUAAAGCGAAAUUUGAUUCGGUUACUAAGGAUGUUGUGUGCCACGGACUUAAAAAGAUCAUCAAAGAAGGUUACAAGAGUUUUCCUAGCGGUCACACUUCCUGGUCCUUCGCCGGUUUAACUUUCCUUGCAUGGUACUUAUCGGGGAAGAUCAAAGUCUUUGACAGAAGAGGACACGUGGCAAAGCUAUGCCUUGUGUUCUUACCAAUACUCGUCGCAGUUCUCAUCGGAAUAACACGCGUCGACGACUAUUGGCACCAUUGGACCGACGUCUUCGCCGGUGCGAUCAUCGGAAUAUUUUUCGCUUCUUUAUCUUACCUCCACUUUUUCCCUUACCCAUACGACGACAAUGGAUGGGCACCACAUGCGUAUUUUAGAAUGUUGGCCGAGAGUAGUCGUCGUGACACAACGAUGACUCGGAGCAGUUCACGAGAGAUGUUGGAAAACGACGUUGAGCUUGGCUCUACCUCCAUGCCGCACCACCGUAAUCGAGGAAGCACUGAUUCUGAAUGAUAAUAUUCCCUGUGCACAUUUUAAUUUAUUUAUGUGUAUAAUUUAUAACUACAUGAUUAUACAUGUCUGACCUACUGGUAAUUUGAUACUACAGCUCAAAUGUUACUUUGCCUAAAAUAUACAUUUCAAUAUGUAGCAUAUAACUGUUGUUAACCGUGUUCUCAAAGAUGUUGUUUGGUUAGCAUUGGUUUAGUUUGGUUCAUAAUUUUCUCUCUGGGUUCUGAUUUCAACGUUGGAUCCGUAUAAAUUAAGCAAAGUGUUUCUUCCUUCAAAAUAUUUGUAAUUUUAACCGUUUUUUUGGUCAAACAGAGGUUCUGUGUACUCAAGUUUAGCUUCCAAAACUAAUUUUUUUAUCUUCCCAUAAUUUGGAAUAUCUAGCGGGCCAAGGUACAACCGACUAAUCUUAUAGGAGCUUGUUUACCAAUAUCAGACAUAUCUGAAUGUUUGCAAUGAAAACUAAAUAUUCAUGUCGUAUAACCACACAAACACGUAAAUCUACGUUUGAUAGUUUCAAACUCAACACAUUUUCAUGUCCGCCGUACCAUUCUACCAAGCUUAUGUGGUUAACAAAGUUGAAAUACAUGAAAACAAACAAAGAUAACUAUUUAACGUGACGUUAGUUUUAAAGGGUCUCUAUUGUGCUACUUUUUUCUUUACGACAUCUCUCUAUUGGAGGGCCGUCUAGCAACACCGCAAGUGGAGCGGUCGAACAGGACCCAAAAUAUAAAAACAAAAAAGUUUAAUUUUUUAAAAAAGUAGAUAGAUAAAUUAUGGUAAGAAACUUUAAAAUUUUUGAUAUAAUGUUAAAUUUAGAAUUUAUAAUUAAAAAAAUUAAACAAAAUUAUUAAAUUUUAAAAUUACUUAAUAAAAUAUACGAUUAAUAAUUUUUUUAAAUAUGGUCUAAAAUUAAUUUGAGACGAUCCUGCUCUAUUGUACUACAAUUAGUGCUCCAUCUUCGGAUAAAUGAAUCUUAAUGAAGUGUCAUGUUGGGAAUCGAACGUGAAACGUCCGGUUGAAGUGAACCGGACACGGUCACCGAAAGUUAUCCACAUGGGUUUGGUUUUUCAUUUUCCCAUAAGGUCUAGAUUCAUCGAUCUUCUUCGGAGACGAUCCAUUUCAUUAAACAAUAUUUUCAUCUUUUGAUAACCAGUGAACAAAGCAAAACUACAUUUGUUAUAUGACUUAUAAAAUGCAUGCAUAUGAAUCAUUUCAUAUUCAUUUUCAACAGAAUAUGGAGUAUUACUUACAUGGAAGUUUUUUACAACUUUCCGCAAACAAAUUGCAGCUAGCUGUAAUGUUGGAAAUUGUAAAUAAUUUAAAGUUAACCAUGUUAAAUGACAGAAAUAAGAAUCAUAUUUUAUCAAACACUAGGAUCGGCCCGCCCUACGGGCGGAAACAUCUGAAAAAACUGUUUUAUAUAAAAAUAUAUUUUACUUUUAUAAAUAUUUAUUCUAAACUGAAAGCAAUAUUAUUAACAAACAAAUAAUAAAUAAAAUUUUGAGAUUAUAUUGUUAUUUUUAAUAAAUAUAUUUUGUUUUAAGAUAAAAAUAACAUUAACAUUAAAAUUCACUAUUUUAUAUUUUAUAGAGAACACAAAAUUAAUAAGAAUAAUCCAAAAUAUGUAAUGAUAUAUACUACUUGGUAUUAGUUAUCUAGUAGCCGGUGCAGCGCAGAAAUGAGGUACUUGUUAUUUGAGUAAUUUUUUUUGUUGAAAGCAAUUAUUAUUUGUUUGUUUGGUUAUCAUUUACAUAUAAUGAGUGGAUGAAUUCUUAUGGUUGUAAAGAAUUUUGUCCGGCAAAAAGUGAUUGUGUGAAAGAAAGUUGUAUGAUCGCAAUAUGAGUUAUUUGUGCAUAUUCAGAAAAAUCUUUUCUGUUGAAAUAGAGAUGCAGUGGUCAGAUUAUUUUUAUUUUAAAAAAAAAACGUGAGCUUUUAAGAAUGUUGUCGGUGCAAAAAAAUUAUACAGUAUUUGUUUUGGUUAACAUUUUAGAUUUUAUAUCUUUUACGUAUAGAUUUGAGUGUUUACUUGCUGUCAAAUAUGUAUUAUGAAAUUACAUCUCUGGUAAAGAAAAGAAGGAGAAGGAAAGGCUUUUUGAUGGUUUCCAUCUUUAGGUUUGGAUUUCUCUUUUAAGGUGCUCAUCGUUUGCUUGGUCAUCUUUCAUUUUGUGAUGACUUGAGCUACAUCUGUUCAUCACAUUUGAUAAAAAAAAAAAAAAAAAAAUUUACAAAAAAAAAAAAUAUAUAUGUAUUAUGAAAUUGCUAUUAUAAUUUUUAGCAUCCAUCUAGGUAGUGUGUUUUCUAGUGAAAAUACAUUCUCAUCUUCGUACUUGCG